CACAAAGACUCGUUUAGACCAAGAGAAAAAGGCAAUUCGGAAAUGGCCUAUGAUAAAUGAAUUUUUUUUUGAGCUGUUUCCUCAAAGGGGUGCCCGCUAAAAAUUAUUAUUUCCUUCCCUCUCAUGUGGAUGUCACACCUUGAAAUUUGUAUCCGGCUAAACGGGUGGUGCGAUCGCCAGAUUUCUUUCAAUUCAAAAGUUCUAUUCAUCAACAUCAGAAGCAUAUCACUGUCAGGUACAUACACGAUCAGAAAUUCUCCUUGAAAAAGUAAUUUUUCUUUAGCGAUCUGCGUUUCAAAACUUAAACAAAAGAACACAAUUUCAACUGCUUUUUAAUCAUUUCUCGUAGUGGAGAUAUAUUUAACAAUUAUUCACCGAAGAGGAGGUGGAUGGUACUUCGCUCACCGCCUCCCAAUUAACUAAUCAGAACGCGUAAAAAGCACUGUUCACUUGUGUGGUGAAUAAAAAGUUGAUAUAUUUGAGAACCCGACAGAGAAUUGAAAAUACUAGCAGUGCCAAUGACACAAAGACAGCUGUGAUAGGUAUUUAUUAAUUUCUGGGCUAUGUUGUCUUCAUCAUAUGUGGUAAACAAACGCGAUUUUUAAUUUACGUCCUUUGAAAAUUGCUUCAAAGGGAGCCUUGAAAAAUAGCAGCUGUACAAUUUUCUUCUUCGCAGUAGGCACGCAACUGAGGUUAAAGUAACUGAAUAUGGUUAUGUAUUUAACAGAUUGCUACAGUUGUAACUAGUGAAAAAAAGGGCUACACUCAUUUCUUGGAUGAGGUCAAAUUUAAAUGAUGAAUAACUCUGUUGAUCUCAAUCAGAGUUUCGAUGUUUUCAUCGUUCUGGAAAGAGAACUACAAUCCCGAGGAACGCUUACCGUGGUAGUCGAUUCACUGGUCUUCCUCGUUUUUGCACUCACAGGUCUGAUUGGCAAUGUGUGCGUUUGUUUAGCAGUGUACAGAAACCUAUCUCUCCGUUCAAAAGCUACUAAUGUAGCUGUCGCUGCCCUUGCCAUAUCCGAUGUACUUUCUUGCUCUGUUAUGGGGCCUUUCAUCCUGUCCGUUCUCACGACGGGCCAAUGGUUGUUUGACAAAACAGUCUGCAAGCUCCAAGCAUUGGCGAUGUACUCUCUUGUCGGCGUGUCUCUGUAUCUUAUGGCACUUAUCGCUGUUAACCGUUACUACUGCGUCGUUAGACCCGAAAAAUAUCGCGCAAUUUUCUCGUGUAAAUCUACGUUCAUCUUUGUCUUUUCCAUAUGGCUUGUAGUUUUCGGUACAGUGAUCGGCUUCUAUUUCUUCAAAAUGUUCUCAUUUUAUUUCCACCCUCUCAAAGCGACCUGUGUGUUGUACGUAGACCCCAAAACUAAUUCUGUAAUCUUGGCUCACUUGGCGAAUUACGCAAGCUCCGCUCUAUUGACAAUGUUUCCCUUCGCCAUUUUCAUAUCUUCCUACGCGAAGAUUUUCCGUCACGUAAGACGUCACCAAAUUGAUGUCGCUUCGACUCUGCAAAACUGUGCCGAAGAUCAAAGGUCAAGUUUACCUUCAAGGGCAGCAGAAUUGAAAAUGACUCGCGCAAUGUUUGUAAUUGUAUUUGUUUACGUUUUAUGUUGGACUCCAGUAUUCGUCACUGAAAUCGUCAUGAACACAGCGUAUUCAUGGCACCAGAUUGACAGAAACUUGGCUUUGGCGUGCACUGGAUUGGGUUUAUUGAGCAGCGUUAUAAAUCCUUGGAUUAUUUCAAUUACGAACCGAACAUAUAGAAAAGAAAUUCACAGGAUCCUGUGCUGUAAGUCUUUGUGAUGCUAAUUCUCGGGCUUAAAUAUAUUGCUGCUUUAUUAAACACCGCCUUAAUUUUUAAUGGGGAGUGUUUCCUUGUUUCAAAGUAACAUAGUCUGAACAGCAGUUCUGAAUGCAGGAAAAUAACACGGAUAUGUUCCUAAUGUGGUACAGGCCUUUUUGCCGGCUGAGAUAUAGAUGUAAAUGGAAGGGGAAACGGCGAGGAAGUCAGAGGGUUCAAAUUUCCAAAAAUUUUCUGUGGCGAAUGGAACAGCAUUUUCAGGAAUUUUCGGAAAAGAGGGUAGCCUUGCGAGGUUAUACCCAAAGUUUUGAUUGAUUCACUGGAUUGGCUGUGUCCUUUGUGAUUGGCUAGAGUGAUAAGUUUGGUUUUGAUUUUACGAUACUCAAUUGAGAACCUCU